CUGCGCCUCUAAAGGCGCUGCGGGUCUAGGCUUGCGCUACUGUUUCCUGUUCUUGGCCGCCUCCGCGCACUCCCCGGGAUCCUUGCAGUCUCCGCCAGCAUGUCUCAGGCUGAGUUUGACAAAGCUGCUGAGGAUGUUAAGCACCUCAAGACCAAGCCAACAGAUGAUGAGAUGCUGUUCAUCUACGGCCACUACAAACAGGCCACCGUGGGCGACAUAAACACAGAACGGCCUGGGCUGCUGGAUCUCAAAGGCAAGGCCAAGUGGGAUGCGUGGAAUCAGCUGAAAGGGACUUCCAAGGAAGAUGCCAUGAAAGAUUAUGUCAACAAAGUAGAAGAACUAAAGAAAAAAUACGGAAUAUAAGGGACUGGAUUUGGCUGCCGGCAAAGCAGUUCGUCUAAACUGAUACGAUGCCUUGUUUUUUCUAAUACCAGGGAUGACGUGAAAUAAUGAAAACAGCCCGUGAACCUAGAUCCUGAAGACGAUCUAACAGUAGGGGCCAAAAUGGCUACUGACGGGCUACUGAGUAGUUUUUAUCUGUAGAUCAAUUAAAAGUGCAUUUGUUAUUUUAA